AUGCCUUUUGAAAAGAAGCAUGCUUCUAAGGUCCCUGAGAACAACCUUGAAAGUAAGGAAAAUCUCAGUCAUCUUGACAAGAUCCACAUUUGUCAGCAGUCCAUUGAACACAAUGGGAAAGAGAAAAGCUUCAGUGGGAAGAGGAUAGUCCUUAUGUGUGAUCAAGAUGAUAACAAAGACCCAUGUGAUCAGCAACCUGUCAUUGUGCGAGAAGCAAUUCAUGCUGGCUACUAUAAAUCUUGCCUUACCACCACACUGAGAACUGACACAGGAGAAAAUCUGUAUGUGUCCAAGGAAUGUGAAGAAAACAUGGACCAGAAGUCGGAACUCAUUAGAAAUCAGAUCCUUCAAAGUGCAGAGAAUCCGUAUGAAUGCAAUGAGCGUGGAAAAGCCUUUCACAAGCAAGUGUCUCUCAUUGAGCAUCAGAGAAUCCACACAAGGAAAAAAUCUCACGAAUGUAGUGAGUGUGGAAAAGCUUUUUCUCAUAAGUCAACCCUAAUCAUACAUCAGAGAAUCCACACAGGGGAAAAACCUUAUGAAUGUAGUGAGUGUGGGAAAUGCUUUUCUCAUAAGUCCAGUCUCCGUGCACAUCAGAGAAUCCACACAGGGGAAAAACCUUAUGAAUGUAGUGAGUGUGGAAAAUGCUUUUCUCAUAAGUCCAGUCUCCGUGCACAUCAGAGAAUCCACACAGGGGAAAAACUGUAUGAAUGUAGUGAGUGUGGAAAAGCUUUUACUUGUAAGCAACACCUCAUUAGGCAUCAGAAAAUCCACACUGGGGAAAAGCCUUAUGAAUGCAGUGAGUGUGGAAAAGCUUUUAUUCGUAAGUCACAACUCAUUGCACAUCAGAGAAUCCACACAGGGGAAAAACCUUAUGAAUGUAGUGAGUGUGGGAAAUGCUUUUCUCUUAAGUCCAGUCUCCGUGUACAUCAGAGAAUCCACACUGGGGAACAACCUUAUGAAUGCAGUGAGUGUGUAAAAGGCUUUAUUUGUAAAUCAUACCUCAUUAGACAUCAGAAAAUGCACACAGGGGAAAAACCUUAUGAAUGUAGUGAGUGUGGAAAAGCUUUUAUUCAGAAGUCACAACUCAUUACACAUCAGAGAAUCCACACAGGGGAAAAACCUUAUGAAUGUAGUGAGUGUGGAAAAGCUUUUAUUCAGAAGUCACAACUCAUUACACAUCAGAGAAUCCAUACCGGGGAAAAACCUUAUGCAUGCAGUGAUUGUGGAAAAAUGUUUUCUGAUAAGUCCUGCAUUAGAUCUCAUCAGAGAAUCCAUACUGGGGAAAAAACAUAUGAAUGUAGUCAUUGUGGAAAAGCUUUUUCUCAUAGGUCAAACCUUAUCAGACAUCAGAGGGUACACACAAGGGAGAAACCUUAUGAAU